GUUGGCGGGCAACGGUGUCACGUGAUAGCAGGUACCCGUCAAGAUGGCGUCUCUCAUUUGUUAUUAUUAGCAACACUGCGUAUUUUUUUUUUUAUAAGAGAUCACAUAAAAGUGGGAAUCCAAUUAAAUUUCAUUACAUUAAAGAAAUACUGGUAAAUCGUCAAGAAAUAAAUUAAUCAAGAUGAAUUAUUUGGGUACAGUUUCCAUCUUAGAUAGGGGAGAUGCCCCUGCACAAGCUGUUGUUGAUAGAAAUGCCAGAUCAAUGGCUCAACGAGUGGCUAAUGAAACUAAGGAAGAACUGGAAAAGGUUAUGAACAGAGUAGAAAAUAUUUAUCAAAAUUUUGAAAUGACAGAUGAGUUAUAUUCAGAUCAUAAUCCUAAUUUGGAAUUUGUCAAUGAUAUUGCUGAGCUGGCAGAAAUACUGCAAGAUCAAGUUAAAAAGAAAAAGUAUCAAGCACAAGUGACAGUAUUUAUAGUUGGAUUUCAAGAAGUCAGUUCUCAAAAACUAAAACUUCUUCAACAAGUCAGUGAGUUUUUCACAGAGAGUAUGAAGAUUUUUGAUGAUGAUGAAAUGCUGUCAACACCAGAUGUAGAUUUAGAUGAUGUGACAUAUAAAAUAGAUGAAACAUUAGACGUGGCUCAUGGUCUAGCAAACAGACUUGGAGAAAUAAAUCAAGAGAUCAUCGACUAUUUACUUCGUUAUGCAGAAAAUAAAGCAAAAAAUAAAUCAGCUCAAGGGGAAGGCAAGGGAAAGAAGAAAUUGGAGAAAGCUUUACAAGCUGCUAAAGAUGAUAUGACAAAUCUUAGUGAAAAACUCCUUUCAAUACAAUCAGAUCUGGAGGACAAAGAAGAAAAAAUGCAGCAACUGUAUAAACAACUAGAAAUAAAAACACUAGAAAAUCAGAAAUAUAAGUCAGCAGCUGAAAUAGCUAAGAAAAAUUUAUUAGAUUCUCAAGCAUUGAAAGAAGAAAUAUCUAACCGUGAUAAUAAGAUUAAAGAUAUGAGACAAAUCAUCAGUCGUUUAGAGAUAGAUUUAACACAAGCUCGUCACAGUCAUGAACAAAGUCAAAACAGACUGGAAAACUCAAGUAUGGAGAGUCAGCAAAAAUUACUAGAGUUACAGAAAGGUGUAGAUGGCAGCAAAUUGGAGACAAAUGAAGCUAAGAGAGAAAUGGAAAAAUUACAUGAAUCUCAGAUUAAUAAAAUGUUAGAAAGUCAUAGUAAAGAAAUAGACGAAUUAAAAGAACAGCAUCAAGAAGAGAUCAAUAAAUUAACGGAGGAAAUAGAAUCUCUAAGACAAGCAAAAUUAAACCUUCAGAAAGAUUUAUCAGAUAUAGAUCAUGGAAGACGUUUUGAAUUAGAUUUAUCUGAAAGCAGCCAAUCCAGACAAAGUUCAAGACAGGAUAGUCGUUCUGGUAGUAGAAGUAGUGCUUCUUCAAGCAAACAGAAGAACAAGGGAAAGUCCAAAGUUGGAAAAGAAGCAUCAGAUUUAUCUACUACAAGUGAUGGAGAUAAUACUGCAGACAAUAAGAGAUCAAAAUCCACCUUGGAAACGGUUAGGGAAGCAGACAACUUUGAGAAUUCUUGGAAUUUAUUGGAUGAAGAAUCAUGGGGCAGUGUUCCUGCGUCUGAUGUACCUGGGAGAUAUAAUCAAUACAGGAAACUGAGCCAAAAUCAUAUUAAAGAUCUUGAAGAUAAAUUACAGUUAAAUUUGGCUAGGAUGCAUCGUAAAGUUCAGACUCUAAAAACCCAGUUCCAAGAACAUAAAUCUAAAUGGGAUGCCGAAAGACAAAUUCUCAUGGACCAAGUCCAGCAGGCACAAUAUUUACAGACAGAUGCAGAGAAGGAAGCUGAUUCUACAAUAACUCAAUUAGAAAACUUCAUAACAGAACAAGAAAGAUUGGAAUUAGAAGAAGCGAAGAAAAGACAGGAAAUGGCUGCAUCUGCUGGGUUGUUGAAAGAGGUUGCACCAAGAAGUGUUCAGCCUUCUCCUAAUGAAGAUUUAAAUAAACUCAUGCAACAAACAGAUGAUGCUAAGGCACUAGCUUCUACAGUACCAGCAGAAAUGGUUCCAGAAAAAAAGAAUAUUGAUGCAAAAGAGGCAGAAAUAUCAAUUUCAACAUUGAGAGAUUUACCAAUUCUUGAUGAUGUCAGUGAAGUGGACAUUUAUUCUGAAAAACCUGAAAAGCUCCCAGACACUGAGGAAACAGCUGUCCAAACAGAUGAAAUUUGUAAAGAUGCUGUAACAGAAUCUGAUACUGAAAACCAAAGGCAACUUUCAGGUGAUCAAGAAGAAUCUCCUAUAAGUGUUUCUUCAGCAAAACCUCAGAAUUCAAGUGCAGUAACUGGAGGCACUGCGGAUGAUGAAAACACUAGUGGUGCUGUAGAAGAAGACACAGAUGAGGCUAACACAUCGGUGGCAAAAACAAGGCCUGUGUCUGGAAGAAGUUUCACUUCUAAUUCUCCAAUGUCAGAUGCAUCAGACACAAGAUUUAACCACAGUACAGUCUCUCAGACAGAUUCAAGUAUAGCCACUUCCUCUAAACCAAACUAUCUUGUUGUCAAGUUACCAGAUGGAGGUAGUAUUGAAGAUGAUGAUUUUCGUAUUUCUUCUGCCAAAAGUCGGCAUUCUCUUCGUUCUCAUUAUAAAUCAAAGAUUCAGGAGACAAAGAAAGCAGCAGAGGAUAGAAAAUAUAAGGCAGCUGCUCUGUCAAAAUCUAUAACCCAAGUUAAAGAUGAAGAAGAGAAGAUAAUAGAUGAAGAUCAUGAAGAUUAUUUAAAAGGAUUUGGUUAUUCAGUCACAGGAGAAUUAUUACCAGAACAUCCAGUAGUACAAGAAUAUUUAAAAUCUCAUAACAGUACUAUAAGUUUUAAAGAGGCUUUAAUAAAAAUACUUCUUGAUAAAGAUAUGAUGUCAGCCAGUCAGUUAAUAUCAGAUUUAGAAAUUCACCACUUUAAGAAAGAAGCAAAGAUAUUUCCACAAUUAGAAAAAAUGACCAAAAAUACCAGCAUGGUUCUGGAUGAAAUCAUCUCACUUUUAAAUAGUAUAUUAUUUAAUGACAGGGAUCCCCCUGUUUCUUCUAUGAUGUAUAUAUCACGAGAUCCAACAUGUAUGUCCAGAGAAAAAACACCGGAUACAUCUCGUACACCAGCACCAACUAGAGAGAGCAUACAUUCUAAUGUAUAUAACCAGGGUGUAGACAAUGUAGAUAAUGAAUAUAUUCGCGAUUUACAACAUCAAUGUCAUUUAUUAAAAGACCACUUAGAUGAAACAAGUAAGAAACAUGAAGAGCAGCUGAGACAUAACACUGUUGUAAUGAUGGAGAUGCAGGACACAAUAAAUGGAUUACAGAGAGAGUUAUCUACCCUUGGUAAAGCCCCACGUUCUAGAUCAGUCACACCACGAUUGCAGUUAAGUCAAGCCCCGUCACCAGAGUCUUCUAUCAUGUUUACAAGACUUGAUGCGGAAAGAAAUGCAAAGAUUAUGAAGAAAGCUGUAAAUGAUGCAAAAUUAGACCAAAACAAAUAUAAGGAUGCUGUAUCUCAAAUGGACAAGUACAUAAGCUUACCAGCUCAAAGACUAGCUCAUCUAGUUCAGAAAUAUGUCCACCAUUACAGAAUGAAAUACAUAGAAGAAACAGUACAGAAAAGUAGAACUUUAGAUGAUGAUGUUUUUGAUGUUUUGGACAAGAUGGAAGACCUACAGAACCAGAGAGCAAAACGGUGGGCGGACAAAAUGGAUGAAAUGGGAACAGAAAGAUUAAGAAUGGCUAAUUUACUAAUGGAAACAUUGGACAGUAUUGAAAAUGAAUCUGGAAUAUUUCUCAUUAAACCUAUGUACUCUUAUCGUGGAAGAGAAUUGCUUCAGAGAUAUACUGGAAAACUAAGUCGACCUAUCAGAUCAAGAAAAGCAAAUUCUUCUACGCUUCUUCCAGAAAACCUCAGAUCUUUUGGUCCGGCUCCCACACCAGCAUCUAACAUCAGAAGUAUUCACCGAGAAGUUUCAUCGUUACAGAAUCAAGACACUAGACAGUUAACAGCACCUUCACCAAAAGGUACAUUUGAUGGAACAGAUGGAGGUGUAGCAGGAGCAGCUGUUAACUGGGUUGGAACAUCUUCAAAUUCGACAUGGAAUAUGUCUGCAUCUCAACCAAGUGCAGUAAAAGAUGAUAUUAGUAGUUUUCACAACACUCCUAGAAUAUUAGAACUUGAUAUCAACAGAAUGCUGAUUGGUCAAAAUAAUAUAAGUACAAGAUUAUGUUAUCCACUCACAGAUGAUCGACUUGUUAACGCUUCUCAAAAUACCCUUCGUACCUAUGUUACUGUUAACAGACCUGCAGUUCAACCUAAAGGUCAAGAUAGACCUCAUUCUGUUACAGGUGCUAGAGAUUCAUGUGCUCCACCCACCACACCACAACAAAUAUCAUCCAGUACUGGUAUAAGUGAGGUUGAUGUACCACAGAAACUACCCAGUACACCACCAUUACCACCUAUAAGUAAAACUAGAAAUAUAUCGGCCUCAUCCUCUCGUCCGUCUCCUUCACUGGAUGGAGGAAUUCAUAUUAAACAUGGCAGAAGUUAUUCUGGAAAAUCACAGACGACAUCUGAUGAGGACUGAUCUACUAAAUACAAUAUCAUUUGACCAAGUUCACAUUGUACUACAAGAUGGUAGAUCGAUAUUCUGUAAAUCUAAGUAGAUAAUGAGUUUAUUUGAAUAUUGGAGGUUGAGCAUUCCAAUCUAUCCAGACACUACUUCCAAUCGGACUAUGGAAGCAAGACGUUCUGGUUGACUCAGUUGGCUUCAAACCACAAAACUUAUAGAAAUGGUGACAUGUCAUUCGUUUUGAAUUUUCUUCAUCUUAGUUCAUCCCAAUCUGAAUUUAUACAAAAAGUCUAUGAAGAAUUUGUAAUCAUGUGCUUAUAUUUGAAGUACCACCCAGUGAUAACCGAUUACAGCAUUACGUUUUCAAUAAUUGUGUGUUUGUACUUGAAGUACAGAAAAGUUAAAACUUUUAUGUACUGCAUUAUUUGUUCAAGAUAAAAAAUAAACUUGAAGUAGAGCCUUGUACAUGUAAUAACAUUAACGGCAUUAUGAUAUAUUCAAAUUAGGUUACUGUGGUCUUUAUUUGUGCUUUUAUGUGAUAUUUUGAUGUAUAUUAAUUUAAAUAAUUAUAUAUAUAAUAAAUUCUGUUAUUUAUUUAUUCAA